ACAACGAAGAGUCUAAUGUUACGCCAUCAACGGCAUCAACAUUAUCAACUACAAGUCGCAAGAAGAGAAAAGCUAAUGCUAAAGAUGUGGUGAAUUUACUAGAACUGAUUGAAAGAGUAACCCGACGCUUAUAUGGUGCUAAAUAUCCGACUAUUAAUCUUGUUUAUCUGUAUAUGGAAUUACUCAAAAAAAGGUUUGCUCCAAAAACAGAUGAAACAGUUGAUACCUAUUUGAAUUUGAUUUAUGAAGAAGUUAAAAGUGAAGAGAAUGAAAGUGAUGAAUCUGAUAAUGAUAUUUCUACUGCUGGUACUCGUAAACAAUAG